AUGUGGGACCGCAUCUCGGAGGCCCGCCGAAAGCGCCGCCAGCAGCUCAGCCACCGACGCCAAACGGCGCAGAGCCAUGUGUCCAAGGCCAUCUCGGUUGCCCGCGCCGUGCACUUGGAAGCCCAGGCCCGCGCCGACGACCAGCUGCUGCGUAUCCAGUCACGCUUGGAGGCGGCGGAGCAGCGGCGCCUCGAGCGCCUCAACCAGACGGCGCAAAACUGCCAGCAGCGCAACGAGCACAUCAUGUCGACCCUGCAACAGCAAGCCGACCGCAUGAUUGAGAAGCGCCAGCUCUACGACGCGUCCUUGCAUGCGGCGCAUCACCGGCGCACGCAACUCACGACUGCGUACGUCUCGAAGCUGUCGCGCCACGCGCUGCGCAUCGAGCAGCACAAGCGCGAGCGCGUCCAAGCCCGCCAGAGCCAGGCCGCGACGCAGCUGCAGACGUGGUUCCGGUCCUGGAAGCACGUGCGCCAAGCGUUUUCGGUCGCGAUGCCCCUCGUUCCUGCGAUGCAGUCGGUGGUUUCAACCUGGACGCAAAUCAGCGACGCGUCGUUUGAGAAGAGCAUGGAGCUUGUCCAGAACCGCAAGACGGCGGCAGCCGCGCACGCGUUGACGAAAGCGCUGAGUCCGGUCCCGAUGUCGUACCGCGUCCUCCUCAUGGCUGGCAUGUUUGCGCACCACCCGACCGACACGAUGGCCGACAGCCAGUACAGCGCACCGCUGGCCUGCGCGGCGUCUCGUCUGACGGACGAGCUCGCUGCGUUGCGCGAGACGCUCAAAGUCCGCUCGCUCGUGGCGUUUGCAGCGGCGUGGAAGCGCUGGGAAGCGUACUGUCUUAGCUACCAAGCGCUCUUCAACUCGUGGAAGGCCAACGACGCCGCGCAGCUCGACGCAGACAUGCUCACGAUCUACGCGGAAGUGUACGCCGUGCACGUUGCGGCCAUGCGCACGGGGUCGACCGACGUCCAGAACAAGUCGGGUCGCCAAAUGGCGCAGCUGCGCGCGUCUAUGGAGCAGUCGUUUGGCCCGACGGUCGCGGCUUCCAAGCUCGCCAAGGUCGAAGCUAGCGUCGCCCAGCAGAUGGCACCCAAGGCGCCGCCGGCAACGGAGGCCAAGGCGACGCCACCGUCGAGCCCGAUCCGCAAGCCGCUCUCCAAGCCGGACCUUGGCUUUACCAAGGAGGUCUUUGCCAACGACCGGCUCGCGCACGAGCUCAUUCUGAACCCCAACUACCAGAUUCCGUCGCUGGACGAUGCGCCGCUGACCUUGCACGCGUCGGUCGCGCAAACCAUGCGGCAGGCGUUCUGGGACCAGCUCGCGGCGACCCGCGAUCGCGCACGGAUCGUCGGAUCGUUUGUGGACCUGCGGGACCAGCUCACGACGGUGCUCAAGCACAAGGCGCUGGCGACGGCGCUUCCAACCACGCACCUCGAAGCGCUCGCAGCCUCGUCGUCGUCCUGGACCGAGUGGGCGACCGUGCUGCAGCAGAUGCUACGUGCGAUCUUGCACGGCGAAGCGCCCGCCCGCACAAGCUCGACCCAAGCGUGGCUGGACCGGUUGCAGGAGACGCCCGCGUCCGAGGCGGCGUGGGUCGAGGCGCUCGUUCGGUUUUUGCAGUUUGGCUUUGCCAAGGUGGACGAGAUCCAAAUCGACUCUAUGAACGCGCACCUCAAGGUGCUCGCACCGUACGUGGCCCGCCACGGCGUCGAGCACGAGCAAAAGAAGUUUGCGCUCAAGCUCGAGCACGGCGCAAUCACGCUCGCGGCCACGUCGCAGUGGCUGGCGCGGCACGUGUCGCGCGCGUCACCGGCUGUCCGCGCGGCGCUGACGAAUGGCGACCGCCGCGCGUACCGGUCGCUCGUGACCGAGGCCUUUGUCGGCUUGGUGACCAGCGGCAUGGCGGCCGACGAGACGUGGCCCGAGACGCUGGAGAUGGACCACGAUCGCGUGUUGGAUUUGCGCAACCAGAUGGACGUGCUGACGAUGCAAGCGUGCCUCCUGACGCUCAUCCACGGCGCGCUGGCGCCGCACCACGUGGCCCAUGCGCCAAGCGACGCGACGGCCUUUUGCGACCAGAUUCGCAUCCUCGCGCACGCCAGCGAGACGCGGCUGCCCGACUUGGCCGUGCACGCGUCGGCCGAGGCGGCGCGCGUCCUCUGCGCCAAAGGCUACUCGCUCGACACGACGGCGUUUGAGCGCCGCGCCGAGCACACGCUGGACCCUGCCAAUGCGGUCUACAAGCUUUUCUUCCAGCGCGUGACCAAGGCGCUCGCUUCGUUUCUCACGACGAACGAGAUGGAGCUGCAUGCGACGCUGGGCGUGCUCUCGCCGCACGUGACGGCGAUGGUGCAGGCCGCCGCCAAGCUGGUGCGCCACAACGACGCAGUGCAUUGCCACUACUACAACCGCCUCAUCCGCGAGGCCUUGUGA